UAAUAACCUCCAUCACAUUUUCACAACACACUAGUUAAACUCAUUUAACUCUUUUUCUCAAAUAUUCUAGAUGGAAUCAUUUGAUUUGUUAAAUGCUGCCUCGUUUUCUUAAUAUAAACAUCAAAAACACCAUUAAAUCUAAAAUGUCUGCCUUAACUUCUUAUUUAGACUCUCCCGAUUGCAAACAGUUUUAUCCUGAUUGGAUCAUAGCUGUCCUAUUACUACUAGAAAUCCUUUUAAUCGGCGAAACUAGCAAACCAUUUGAAAGAGACUUUCUAAUAUCUGAUGCGUCAAUAAACCACCCGUUUAAAAUCAACGAAACCGUUAACGUGCAAACUUGUAUUUUACUUUCAACUAUAAUUCCUAUCUUAACAUUUGCUCUCACCAUCUUUGUCUUUAAUCUUAAAAACGACGAUAAAAAACUCACUUUACGAAAUUCAACUUCGAUCUUCAAAUUUCAUCUCUUUCAUGUAUCAAUCUUAUCUUUAACGCUAUCAAUUCUGUUCAACGUCUUCCUAACUGACAUUCUCAAAAAUUGGAUCGCAAGACCUAGACCUGAUUUCCUAUCAAGAUGUGGGCCCGAUUCAAACCAUUCAAAUAAUAUCGCAAACACUAUAAUAAACUGUACAAAACCCUUUGGUCAAUCAGUUUAUUUAGAUGGUUUUAGAUCCUGCCCAUCUGGUCAUUCAAGCAUUUCUUUCAGCGCUCUAUUCUUCUUAUCUUUAUGGCUAAAUAAUCAAUUAAAUUUUUUCAACAAAAAUCAACCUAUUUACAAGCUCUUAGUCAUACUAGCUCCAACCCUAUUAGCAGCUUUCAUUGCAAUCUCUAGAACUCAAGACUAUAGACAUCAUUUUGAAGAUAUAAUACUUGGCGCUUUCAUUGGCUCAACCUUUGCUUAUAUCAUGCAUUUCAAAUAUUUUGGUCCAACUUCAGUUAUAAACAAUCUAUCAAACAAUGAUUCAUCUACAAAUUUAUUACCAAUAUAAUUACACAUAAUCUAAAGCUCAUCUAAAGCUCAUCUAAUAACAUUCCACAAUCCAUCAAUUACAAUCAAAUAAACUGCAGAAAAAUUUUUAUAAACAAAAUCAUAAAUAAAAUUAUAUACAAGAGUAAUCUUAUCUUUUUCCUUAAGGUUUUUUUUUUCUCUUUUUUUUUUAAAUUUCUUGACCU